AUGGCGAUGGAUCGGUUGCCAAAAACCCUAUUCAAAGAGGGAACAGAAACACAAGUUGAGAAGGUGAACAACACUUGUCGAACUUCCAUACUUAAGAAGGUGGAGAAGUAUGUUGAAGCAGAGUACAAGGAAGUGUUGGGUGAUCCGCUAUUUUCUCAGGUUAUGGAUAUUUAUGUGCACAAGCUUCAGUAUUCAGGGAGAGUGAUCCACAGCUUCGUUUGUAAGCAGCUUCUGACCGUAAAGCGCCAUGAGUUGUGGUUCCAUUUUGCUAGGAGGGCUCUCAGAUUUUCAAUGCAAGAAUUCCAUGCGAUCACUGGUCUGAAAUAUAAAGACGACGAGCCUGACUUGGAUAUUGAUAAAUGGAGAGGUGAUAAAGGGCAGAGGAUGGUGUAUUUGUGUGUGAUUGCUGGUCUGGUUAUGGCGAAGGAUGAGAAGGUGUGCAUCCCACACAAGUACAUCAAGCUGGUGAUGGAUUUCGAUAAGAUGAGAAAAUAUCCGUGGGAUAAAGUGAAGACGCAGAACAGCUAUGUCAUAUAUGGAUUCUCUUAUGCACUUCAGAUUUGGUUGAUGGAGGCUAUUCCAGACAUCGGGUCUCUUUUGGGUACGAAGCUCAAAGAAGGCGUCACUAGCAUGAGAUGCAGAAAUUGGAAAGGAUCUGCUAAGGUUUCCUAUGAAGAUAUUAUUAGUAUUGAGGAGUUGUGUUUCCAUACAUCUCUUCAACUUGGAAAUAGCAACAUCAUUGUUGAUGCUGGGUUUGAGCGAGACGAUGAGAUGAAUGACGAAAGGGUCGAUCUGAUCAUUAACAUGUACAAAAAGAAGUAUGACUGGAGUAAGCAUGUUUGGGGUUAUCAGGAAACUGAACAACCAUAUGUGGAAAGUUAUGAGGAUGAUGGUUCAAAGGAAGAAGAGGCUGGAGAAAGAAGUGACUGUGGAAUGGAAGAAGAAAUAGAAACCGCCCAUGUGUCUCCUGCAAAGAAGAGAAAGAACCAGUAUCGGGAUAUAUGA